GCCAUUUUUACCACGUUUGGACCGUCAUCAAAAGAGCUUGAAUUCUGUAAUUUUUAUCUUUGUGUCUCGGCUGAAAACGAACGGAAGAUGAGUUCUAAAGUCGUUCGAAGAGAUUCCUUAAAUGUUUGUGUUGUUUGUUGCGAGGAUAUUGAGUUUUUCGCCAUUGGAGUGUGUGACCAUUGUGUUUGCUACAAGUGUUGUGUUCGAAUGCGUGUACUCGGGAAGGAAAUUUACUGCCCAGUGUGCCGAACAGAACUGAAGCAGGUAUUCAUAACUAAACACAUGACCAGUUAUGCAAAACUGGCUGGUAGAGGAGGUUCCUUUGUGAACGAUAAACGACACAACAUUCAUUACCAACAUAAAGGCAUCCAAGACAAAGUUAAGGAACUCUUGGAACAUCGCUGUCAGUUCUGCCCAAGCCGCCAGCCAGAGAGAUCAUUUGGCCGUCUCCGUGAUCACAUGAAGCGGGAACACGAAAUGUUCUAUUGUGAUCUCUGUGUGGAAAAUUUGCAAAAGUUCAGCUUUGAACUGAAAGCCUACUCUCGGUCUGACCUGGCACGACACCGCAGAGUUGGUGACUCUGAUGACAAAUCCCACAAGGGACACCCUCGUUGUGAAUUUUGUGAUCAGCGUUAUCUUGACAAUGACGAGCUUCACAAGCACCUGCGUAAGGAUCAUUUUUGGUGUCACUUCUGUGAACGGGAUGGAAGUCAGGACUACUAUCCUGAUUAUAAACAUCUACGAGAGCACUUUCGUGAUUUUCACUUUCUUUGUGAAGAAGACGAUUGUAUUCAUGAACAGUUUACUUCUGUCUUUCGAACAAAGGUUGAUUUUCAAGCACAUCGGGCUGCAAAGCACUCUGGAAAGUUGAGUAAAGCACAGGCUCGUCAGGCUCGUCAGUUAGAUGUUGAUAUAACCUUUGCUCCACGGCCAAGGCCUCAGACAAAUCAUGGUUCAGUUACUGCUGGAGAUUUUGUGGAAGUGAGAACUUCAGAACAAAGAAAGGGAAAAAGAGAAAAAGGAGGAAGAAGAGGAGACUUUUCAGGGCCAAACAGGAAAGAGGCCUUAGAGCUACAGACUGCCAUGGCUCUUUCUUUGAGUGAAUCCUCAGGGGACCCUUCACAGCUUCCCUCACCUUCAUCUAAGCCGCAAGAACCUAAAAAGCACAAGCCAGAAGAAGAUGGAGCAGUUGGGGGGCUACCUGCUAAAGAAACAGAGGAAUUAGCUCAGUUCCCAGUUUUGCUAAAUUCUUUAGAGGUUACAAGUGCAGAUAAAGAGUCUAAGAAGAGUAAUAAACCCAGGAAACCUCCUUUGUAUGCAUCUGCUUCUCAUCCACCAUAUUCAGUCAAUGACUUUCCCUCUCUGUCUGUUUCUGGUCAAAGAUCUGAACAAUCACCACCUGUACCUCCAGGAUUUGCUUCAGCAGCUCGUCAGCCUCCACCUUUAGCUAUAACACAGCAGACUUCUCGCGCUAAGCCCCCUCCUGGUUUUCAGACACCCUUUGAGGCAACUUCUAAGGAGAAGAUUAAAGAAAAUGUGGCACCAUUACAAGAAGCACCUGUUACUAAAACAGAGGUUAAGACAAACAGUAGUGUUCAAGAGAGAAAUCAAGCUUUAGUUGAAAAAAUAAGAGUCUUAUUAGGAUAUGAUAAGUCCAAAUUUGAAGAGUUCAAGGAAUUAUCUGGAAAGUUUCGCAAGAGCAUUUGUUCUGCUGAAGAAUAUUAUGCUCAGUGUUAUGAAUUAUUUGAGUCUAACUUUUCUCAAGUUUUUGCAGAACUGGUAGAUUUAUUGCCUGAUCCUGAUAAACGAAAAGAACUGUUAGCUAUCCAUCAAGAUGCUAAAGUUAUAGCAAAGCAUCAAGAUGAUAAAAAUAAGAAUGGGAAGGUCAACAAAAAGCCACCCUUGCCUGGGGUUUGGCAAACUGGUGCCACUGCUUGGAAUGUGGAGACAAACAGGGGUGGUAUAUCUGAAAGAGAUUUUCCAGCAUUGCCUGCAGCAACCAAACCAUCUUAUCAGCGAAGGUAUAAAGCACCAAAGAGUGCUGCUGUCCUCAAAGAAGCAUGGAUCCGAGGAAAAUAAGUUCCUUUUUGACAGAAUCCUGAUACAUGUUAUUGUGUUUUUAGGGUAAUUUACAGUUUAUCUUGUGUAGUUUCCCAAUUUGAGGACAUUUAAGACCUUGUACUAGCAUUGUGUCGUAUUAUUGAAUUGUUUGGGUUUUUAAAAGUUAUGGUUAUCUAGAUUUAGUACAUAAACAUUAUAAAUGAUUAGUACAAUGAGGGUCUACCAUUUUUAAAUUAUAAGUUUUAUAGCUUCAUAUAUAUAUAUUUUUUUGUAACCGGCCAAUUUAGUAUUUUGUGUUCCUUCCUGUUCAAUCAGUCUCACACUUUCCAGUUGCCAGAGACACUUAUCUGCCAUCUCCUCCCAGAGACACUUUUCUUUCAAGGAAGUAUGUUUUAAAAAGACACUGACAGCUGCAAAGGAGAUCAGUGAAAUAGUGCAAUAUCUAAGGAACAUUCUCAAUGCCAUCCUAUGAAAAAGUUAUCAGGAAAGAACAAGCAAAUAGCAAAUCCCAUUGGCCAACUGCAAGCAACAAUCAAAAUGUUAAUCAAUGAGAAUUUUAAGUCAAUUCUAUUGACAGGUGUUAAAUUUUUUUAAAAAUGGGAUUCUGAGUUAACAACUCACUUUUUUAUUUUUCAAUGGACAAAUGUUGCUAAGUUCCCAUAGGAAAGGUAGAGAAUUAAAAUCACUUCAUACUCA